AUGGAGGAGUUCGCGCGCGCGGUGGAGGACGGGCUCAAGCUCUCGAAGCGGCUCGUGCUCCCGGGAGGGCUGCCCCCGCCGCGCCCGCCGGCGGGGAUGGAACGCACCGUGUCGGCCGCCGCGGCGUCGGGGCCCGACCCGCGGCUGCUCCCCACGGCGCCGAUGGCCUACGCGGUGGUCACCGACCCGGCCGCCGUCGACACCCCCGACGUGCCCAGCUACCAGCCCUACGUCUACGGCCACCUCGACCCGCCCGCGCUCAUCCCACUGCAGAUGAAGGAGGUCGACCUGGCCGUCGACUGCGCGCUCGACGCCGCGCACGUCACCCUGCGCGCGCGCUGGUGGCUGCACUGCAUCACACGAAGCCGCGAGUGCGACGUGCGCCUCGUCGUGCCCUUGGCCGAGCAGGGUUCAAUUCUAGGCGCUGAGGUUACUGUCGGAAGAAGAUCAUAUAAUACCCAAGUAAUCGAAGUAGAAGACACUUUGGAGAAUCAUGCAAAAAUUGAGAGUGGUGGCCUUCUGAAGCCACAUCUGUUUUUCUUGACAAUACCUCAGGUUGAGGGAGGAGCAGACAUUUGUGCUACAUUUCGAUGGUCUCAGAAGUUACUAUAUGACAGUGGCCGUUUCUCUGUUGAAAUACCUUUCCGUUAUCCAUACUUUGUCAACCCAUUACCAAAAGUGUUCAUGAAGAGGGAAAAAAUUCAGUUGACUGUGAACAGUGGUUUCAGUAAAGAGGUUUUGCUGCAAGGAACAAGCCACCCGUUGAAGGAAAAGAGUAGGCAGGGAGAUAAAUUGUUUUUCCAUCAUGAAACCAUUGUUGAGAAUUGGUCGAGCAAAGAUUUCAAUUUUUCAUACAGUGUUUACUCAGGCGAUUUGUCUGGUGGUGUGCUUGUGCAACCCGCAACAUUACGUGACUAUAAUGAAAGCGAUAUGUUCUGCAUUUUUCUUCUACCUGGAAGUGGCAACAGAAAGGUAUUCAGAAAAGCAGUUGUGUUUAUUGUUGACACAAGUGGAAGCAUGCAAGGAAGGCCUCUUGAGAAUGUCAAGCGUGCAGUUUCUACUGCUCUUUCAGAGCUUGUGGAAGGGGAUUACUUCAACAUUAUAACAUUUAAUGAUGAGCUUCACUCAUUCUCUUCCUGUUUAGAGCAAGUAAAUGACAAAGCAAUAGCAAGUGCAACUGAUUGGAUGAAUGCAAACUUUGUUGCUGAGGGUGGCACAGAUGUUAUGCAUCCUUUGAGUGAGGCAAUGGCAUUACUAUCAAGUGUUCAUGACACACUUCCACAAAUAUAUCUUAUUACUGAUGGUUCUGUUGAUGAUGAGCAUAACAUCUGCCAAACUACAAAAACUGAGCUCACCAACAGAGGCUCUAAAUCUCCCCGAAUUUCUACUUUUGGACUAGGAUCGUAUUGCAACCACUAUUUUCUGCGCAUGUUAGCUUCAAUUGGCAAGGGACAUUACGAUGCUGCACUUGAGACAGCAUCAGUCGAAAAUCGGAUUCUUAAGUGGUUCAGGAGAGCAUCAAGUACAAUUGUGGCAAAUAUCUCCAUUGAUGCUAUGACACAUCUUGAUGAAUUCGAAGUGGAUUCUGAGUACAUUCCAGACCUUUCAGCAAACUCUCCUUUGUGUGUAUCUGGAAAAUACCAAGGAAAACUCCCAGACACAGUUAAAGCUAAAGGUUACUUAGCUGACAUGAAGGAAAUCUCGAUUGAACUGAAGGUCCAACAACUAAAGGAAAUACCUCUUGACAAAGUAUUGGUGACACAACAGAUUGAUCUUAUGACAGCAAAGGCAUGGCUUUCUGCAGACAAACAACUGGAGAGAAAGGUGAUUAAAUUAAGCAUACAAAAUGGUGUUCCAUCGGAGUACACAGAAAUGAUCUUACUUCAAACAAAUCUGGAUAAAGUAGAUGGAACACAAAAGGUCAAGCAAAAACUAAAAGGACAGAAAGGCAGAGAUGAGCAACGGAUCCUGCUUCAUGGCCUGAAACUGGGAUUCGGUAACAAAGACGCUACAAGGGAAAAUCUCAUCACAGGAUUUGGGGACAUGAAUCCGGCAGAAAAACUUGUGAUGCUCCAAAAGGGAAAUGGCUGUUGCAGCCGCGUCGCUGACUGCCUCUGCUGCAUGUGCUGCAUCAAGGCGUGCAACAGGAUGAACGACCAGUGCGCCAUUCUGAUGGCACAGAUCUGCGCGGCUCUAGCGUGCCUUGGCUGCUACGAGUGCUGUGCGGAGGUGUGCUGCGGAGGGUCAGAGUCGUAG